AUGUUCUGCGUUACUGAUAUGCAUGUUGUUGCCGUUGUGAAUGGUCUCAAUUCGUCUAAAAGGCUUAUUGAUUGGCGAGGUUUCUACUUGCUACAAGAAGUAGUAGUAAAAUUAGUAGAGAUAGGAGAAGUAGUAGAUAUUAGAGAAGCGAUGUGGGGUAAACGGGACUUGGCGGCAAAGGGUGGGAAAGGGGGUUCGACCUUUCCUUCCUUCCUUCCUUCCCCUCGGAAAUGUCGGUCUUUGAGUACCAGAACUCAGCCAUGUGAGAAUGACAAAGGGUUCGAGUAUAGGUUGUACAGAGGGGAUAAGAUGGUGUCGACCAUGCUUCCUACGCACAUGAAAAUCCCGUCUAUUGGACUGAACGGUAUAGGCGGAGAUCGAUAA